AUGUCGACUCUUGUUUUGAUAGAAAACUCCCGAAGAGAAUCGAGAAGAGACUGUCUCCACUGCUCCACCGAGGUGAAGGAAUCAUCGUCUUAUAUUGGCUCAGCCGCUGGGACGCCGGCCAUUUCUAGUACUACGUCACCAGACUUCAAGUCUGCCGCCCCGAAAUUUGCCGCAACAACCGGGACGCUACCCACCCCAAGGUCACCUGACUCCCGAUCCGCCGGCACCAACGUGCAGACGACAGAGCGGGAAGAAUACACCUACAUAGCUCUCAGCGGCGAGUCGCUUACCCCGCCAGUGACGUCACGUCCGGGCGACAGCUCGCACCUGCUGUCUAGACGAGACAGCGCGUCACAACAGCGGAUGUUGAAGACGCCCAUGUCGACCCUGCAGCUGUCGCAGGCUAAAGGAGUGUGCAGGUCAGAGAUCAGCAUAAACCGUGCGGACCCACGAGACAUUCAGGUCGCCCAGGGUCAGCCCAAGACCAGGUCGCCGUCCUUUGAUGACAUGUACGUCAACCACCAAUCAGAGACCUACCGGAACUUCCCUGCGCAUGCUCACAAAGGCAACACCAGGUCACCAAAUCUACCACCUUAUGCCAACAGCAACAUUCGACCACACCAACCACCACUAGCCAACAGCACAGUCUACAACAGCCUCAACUCCUUAGAUGGGACGUACACACACCUGAAGCACGUGAACCCACCUGAGAGGGUCAUUGAUAAUGUUUACGAUGGGUAGGGUCAUGUGACUUGGGUCAGGAGAGGGUCAUUGAUAAUGUUUACGAUGGGUAAAGUCACGUGACUUGGGUCAGGAGAGGGUCAUUGAUAAUGUUUACGAUGGGUAGAAUCAUGUGACUUGGGUCAGGAGAGGGUCAUUGAUAAUGUUUACGAUGGGUAGAGUCACGUGACUUGGGU